AUGCUCGAUUUUAGUCUAAUUUUAUUUGUUGCAGGAUUGUCUUUGAUCCUUGGGCUUUCUAAGAUAGCCAGUAAGGGAUCAUUCGAGAAGUUUUACAAACAAUACCUUAGCUUCUCAAACCCACCGUCACCACAGGCCUCGAGAAAACUGACAUAUUCAAAUGAUGAACUUCCAAAACCGACUCCUCUUAUGAUUACCCCUGAACAGGUGAAAAACUAUGAUGAUAGACCUUGGAGGCCAUUCAGAUGGCCAUACCACCAGACAAUGUCUAUUUUCAAACUAGACAUAAACCAUUGGUUGGAUAUGGAUAAAUAUUACUGGCACUAUAUCCAAGAGAAGGAAAGAAUAAUAAUGAAGUACGGCAAUCAAAAUAUAGAUUGCUUACCUGAAGGUUACGAUGCAGCUGUUGAGUUAAUGGAAAUAGUUACAGAUCACAUGUUGAUUCGAUAUCCCUUACUUUUUAUUCUAGUCGAAGACCGUGGUUCAAAGGGAAAGAUUGUGAAGAAUCUUUUGACAUCUGAGACUCUUGAUAUGACGUUGCCCUUGAAGGAGCAACCUUUGGUCUACGUUUCAAAAAUGGCCAAGGAAGAUUUCUAUAUCGUGAAAAAAAAUCCAAAGGAUGACUUGCAUUACUUAGUUGCCGCAGCAGUCCCGUUCCCUGGAGGAUCCUUUGGAGUUAACGAGAAAAUUGGCAAACACAUGGACGUCAUCCACGAAGAUGUCCCGUAUUAUAAAGAAAAAUUGCAAAAGUCAAUGGAAAGAUGGAUGAAUAAAAUGAGUGUUGGCGAUCCUGUUGAAAGAGCUUCUUGGUAUAUUUCAUGGGAUCAUAAACUAAAGAUCAACAGUGUUUACCAAAUUCCUAAGCUUAAAAAGGAUAUCGAAGCAGAGAUGAAAAGCUCAGAGCCCAUGGACUUUAAUGUUAGAGUUGAAAGACAGACUUUAAGAAGAUUGCCCAAAUCAAGAGCAAUUAUAUUCACUAAUCAUCCUGUCUUUUAUUCUAUUGAAGAAAUGAAAGAUGAGCCAAUGAUUCCGUCAUUGCUCAAGAAAAUAAUUUACGAAGGUCCAAGGGACAUUGUAAAGUACAAAAAUUUUGAAUUUUUUAGAGAUCAUAUUUCUAAUUAUUUGGAUGGUCUUAUUAAUCGUCAAAUCAGCAAAGGAAUUAUAAAAGAGGAUGACCCUGUGAAGACACAGCCAUCUUAUCCUUUUGCUUAUUGGACCAAGACAAACUUUGAUACAUCAAAUGGUUGGAACAAUCCUUCUGAAUCAUACAGUAAAGAAAAAUCAAAUUAUACUGAACGAGCUAAAAAGGAGCGUUACUAUCAUAAUGAUUAG